CGCCGGAGCGCAGACGCAUCAGGUGCGCACAAGGACGGUCUCCAAGGCGCGGAGCGGAGACUGAUGCAUGCCGUACAGAGCAAUAGAUAGCUUUGUUUUACGCCUAUUAUUGAUGUGAUGUGUAAGAAUAAAACGAGGGAUUUGCCGAAACCGUAAGACAAAGAGAACAGUGUCUACAGGAGCGCUCAUGGAGACGCACCAGACCACAAACCCGUGCGCUUAAAACUGUCAUGAAGCAGUAGCAGUAGCAGUAGCAGCAGGACGCAGACCUCCCAUAAGGUCAUUUUCAUAACGUUUCAAGCUCAUCUAAAGGGGGAAAAAUUAAUCAUGAACUUAUCGGAGUCUGUUUGGCUCUGGGAAGAGCCGUGGAACCUCAGCAGAGCGGAGGAGGAAGAUGACCAGAAACUUUUAUUCGGGAUCGGCACGGAUAAUUUCAUCACGCUGCUGGUUUUCGGGCUCAUCUUUACGCUCGGCGUGCUGGGCAACUCCAUGGUGAUCACCGUGCUGGCCCGGAGCAAACCGGGGAAACCACGGAGCACCACCAACAUAUUCAUCCUCAACCUGAGCAUAGCAGACCUGUCCUACCUGCUCUUCUGCAUCCCUUUCCAGUCCACCAUCUACAUGAUGCCGACGUGGGUUCUUGGCGCCUUCAUUUGCAAAUUCAUCCACUAUUUCUUCACCGUGUCCAUGCUGGUGAGCAUCUUCACUCUGUCUGCCAUGUCCGUGGACCGGUACAUUGCCAUCGUGCACUCCAGAAAGUCCUCUUCUAUCCGGGUGGCGAAGCAUGCCUUGAUCGGGGUGGUGGUGAUUUGGAUACUCUCUCUGGCCAUGGCUGCGCCCGUCAUGUAUUACCAGAAUAUUUUUCACAGAGGGGAGAAUCACACCUUCUGCUGGGAAGUGUGGCCAGAUCAAAACCAGAAGAAAAUCUAUGUCGUUUGCACGUUUGUUUUUGGUUAUGUGUUGCCCCUGCUGCUGAUUUCCUUCUGCUAUGCAAAGGUUUUAAAUCACUUGCACAAAAAGCUAAGAAAUAUGUCCAAAAAGUCAGAGGCAUCAAAGAAAAAGACAGCUCAGACGGUCCUGGUGGUGGUAGUGGUGUUCUGCCUCUCUUGGCUCCCUCAUCACGUUGUACACCUGUGGGUGGAAUUUGGGACCUUUCCGCUGAACCAGGCCUCCUUCGUGUUACGGGUGGCUGCUCACUGCCUGGCGUACAGCAACUCAUCUGUCAACCCGGUCAUCUACGCCUUCCUGUCGGAGAACUUCAGAAAAGCUUACAAGCAGGUGUUCAAAUGCCAGAUUGGCACCAGUGACUCCCCGCUCAACGACAUCAAGGACAUCCGCAGCAAAGCGGACACUCCACCCUCGACUAACUGCACCAACGUCUGAUUGUGGUGUCGAUGGUGACAUGAAAAUGAAUUACGGCUACUGUCACACUGAAACUCAAUGUAAAGUCAAAGUGACAGAGCCAUCAGACAUGAGUGGGUACGUGGAUUUUUUUUGAUGUAGGUAAGUAUGGUUGCUUGGAUAUUGCUACAGCUGCACUGUUCCACAUAAGCGCUGUUCAUUAAGGACCAGAGGAGAUAAAGCCACUGUGUCUGCAGGGCAUCAUUACUCCCUCUUUGAUCAGUCUCUGUCUCCCUCUUUCAUCAUAAAAACCUGUGGAGUCUGAAACUCAGGAAGAUGAUCCUCUCUAAAGUGAAACUCAUUUUGACUGUAGACGGUGUCACAUCAGAGUAUAUUUACAAGACAAUGCAUUAAAGAUCAGAGGUCAUUUUACUUACAGACUUCAGAAGUAUUCAAAUUGGUAGACCUUUUUCAAGAUCAUUAUUGCAUUGUAUUUAGUCACAGCAUUAUCACCUGUUGAAGUAAAACUGUUGUUUGAAUGUGUCGUUGGUGGUUGGUGGGAUAUGCGUUCAGUUUGGUUAACCUGAUGUAGGGGCUGGAGGCAGCAAGUCUCUAUGAAAAGAGAAGAAAUGCAGCUCCUGGUAACUCCAAAAUAGUCGUAAAUGUACAUGUAAUGAAUUCAGGCGAUUAACAUGUGGUGAAGACCAUACAGCUGAAUACUGCUAUCCAUUUCAGAGUUGGAGGGUGUGUGAGCGGGACCCUGGAAACCGGUUUCACAAAGAUGGGCUCUUACUAAUGGUUAGACCUCAGAUAGAUUUCUAAAUUAAUCCAUUGCACAAAGCUGUCUGACUAUUUGAAAGAUGACUAAAUUGCCAAAAACUCUGGGUAAAUUAAAACUUUUUUCAAACUAAAAAAUAUGACUGACUGAGCCACCACAUCCAUCUGCUCUGCUCCCCUCACUUCAGCAGAACAUUUUUGCCCUAACGGAGAAAUUCAGCAGAGGCAAGGACAUUUUACUGGGUAAUUAAGUCAGCUUGUAAUACAGAAAAUUCGAGUGGCCUGAAAUCUCAUCACGCCAGGGCCACACCGCCUGCGGAAGCACUGCGAAUAGCCUCGAAGCGCCGAGAAGUGAAGGCAGUUUCCUUUCGGCGCCCAUGUUAACCGACUGUGUCAGCCACACUGGCCGCUCCGCGCCGGGAAGCUCCGCGGCAGGCUCUCGAUUUGCAGCGAUCAGUUCUGCGUCUGGUCUAUUUUCUGCACGAGCCGCGAGCGAAUGUGUCAAGCCAGGCAGUGAAAAACAACAGCU